CUUCAGGAUCAAAAUGCGACAUCCGAUUGCGGAUACUGCGCAUACAAUGAUGGUAUUUUUAUUGAGUCCAUAAGAGUGCUCAACGUGGAGAGAGAUAACAAGUGGCCAUGUCUAGGUUACACGAUCGCUUUUGCGGUGGCAAAUUGGUGCCUGGUCUACUCCUUCAUCUACAUCACCAGGAUCAAGGGCUGGACCUUCGGCUUU